AUGACUUGCCCAAAGAUUCAAAAAGAUAUUGUAAUUGCUUGUAAGAUUGAAACAAUUAAGGGCAUCAUAAAGGAACUAAAUGGUGAUUAUUUUUCCUUAUUGGUGGAUGAAUCGUUUGAUGUUUCAUGCAAUGAGCAAAUGACUGUUGUUUUACGAUAUGUUGAUAGAAGAGGAUUUGUGAUGGAGAGACUUCUUGACAUUGUUCAUGUUAAAAAUACUAGUGUUUUAUCUCUAAAAGAAGCAAUUGUCAAUUUAUUUUCUCAACAUUCCUUCAGUCUAUCUUAUGUGUGUGGACAAUGCUAUGAUGGAGCAAGUAAUAUGCAAGGUGAUAUCAAUGGCCUUAAGAUGUUGAUUAAGAAAGAAAGUAGAUCGGUUUAUUCUAUACAUUAUUUUGCUCAUCAACUUCAAUUAACUUUUGUUGGUGUUUCUAAAAGAUGUCUUCAAGUUGGAGAACUUGUUCAUUUGGUUUCAAAUAUUUUUAAUAUUUUGGCGGCUUCUUAUAAACGUAUGGAUGAUUAUCGAGAAUAUCAAAAAAAAAAUCAAGAAGCUUUUUAUAUGGGUGAGCUUAAAACGGGUAGAGGCUUGCAUCAAGAAGUUUGUAUUUCUAGAGUUUGCGAUACUCGUUGGGGAUCUCACUUCAAAUCUUUUAAUUGUUUUAUUCUCAAGUUUGGUACAAUUAUGGACAUUCUUGAUAAUAUUGUUGAAACUGCUCAUUUUAUGGAUGAAAGAUCUAGGGCAACAGGAUAUAUCAGAAUUGCUCAAACUUGUGAGGUUGCAUUCAUGUUGCAUUUGAUGAAAGAAGUUUUAGGUAUUACUAAUAAUCUUAGUACAUGUUUACAAAAUAAGGAGCAAGACAUUGUAAAUGCCAUGUUACUUGUUAAAGUGGCCAAGAGAAGGCUACAAGAGUUGAGGGAAAAUGAAAAAUGGGAUUUAUUUGUUGUUGAGGUUUCUGCAUUUUGUAUUAAGUAUAAUAUUGUGGUGCCUAAUUUUGAUGAGCCGUAUGUUGAUUCUGGAAGAUCACGGCGUAAAUCUGUUGAUUAUACUGUUUUUCAUCAUUACCGUGUUGAACUAUUUUGUAAAAUAAUUGAUUGGCAAUUGCAAGAACUCAAUGAUUGUUUUGAUGAGGUGACAACCAAGUUGCUUUAUGGAGUUGCUUGUUUGAAUUCGAUAGACUCAUUUUCAAGUUUUGAUAUCCAGAAAAUAAUGAGAAUGACUGAAUUAUAUCCUGAUGACUUUGAUGAACUUAGCAUGUGUGCACUUGAGAAUCACCUAGCAAAUUACAUUAUUGAUGUGUGCACUUGA